CUGUAUCGAGAGUGUUUCAGCUACACUGAGUAUCGUCGAUUCUGCAAUCUUUCUGUUCCGCUGACAUGGGACGAUCUUUCCGCUGAUAUUCCGGACGCUUCAGUCCGCCAGAAGAUGAGAAGCCUCUAUGGAGACCCAGCCAAUGUCGAUUUAUGGGUUGGUGGUAUUGCGGAGAAACGGUUACCGGAUGCGUUGAUGGGACCAACGUUUGCCUGCAUUAUCGGCGAUCAGUUCCGGCGUCUGAGAGAUGGCGAUCGAUUCUGGUAA